AUGGAGACGGCUGUUCGGGAUGAGGCAGCGUACGCCGCCCUUAAGAAGUGUCGACCUCGAUCCUGGGGAUCGCUGCGCACCAUGGCUGCCGUGGACAGUUAUGUGGGCGAGACAAGGCAGGUAGAUAGCGCCUCGUACCCCGUGCUGGAGGGUCUUGGAACACUGUACUCUCGAAUGGGUUAUGAAUUCACUGGUUUGAUGCACGAAGGCGAGCCCUCUGGCACCGGCGUUCAACGGUGGAGCGACGGCCGCACAGUCUGUGGACCGUUCCAGCACGGCACUGUGACAGGUAGCGGCUCCUUACACUGGCCCAACGGCGACGUGUACACAGGGGACCUCUGUGAAAGCGUGCGCCACGGCCGCGGCACCCUAGUGUCCGACGCCGGCAAGUCCCGGUACACUGGUGACUGGCACAGUGGGAUGCGACACGGUCACGGUACCCAAGCGUACCCUGACGGAAGUGUGUACGAGGGGGAGUGGCAGCGUAAUGCACGCCACGGCAACGGCUGCCUGCGAUACAGCACGGGCGACAUCUAUGAAGGUGCGUGGAGCGAAGACACGCCAUGCGGGAACGGGGUGAUGGGCUGGGUGGACCGGAGUGGCUGCGUUUACCGAGAGUUGUACAAGGGGGAGUGGAAGGCUGGGUGUCCACACGGCAACGGCGUGUCCACGUACGUCACCAUGCCAAAGAGCUUCCUCCUUGAGCCAUCCCCCACUCCGCUCGUGGUACCCUCCCAGUAUACUGCGCCUGCCGAGGCACUUUUGAACGUGUACGUUGGUGCGUACCGCCACGGGCAACGCCACGGCAGCGGCACUUUCUACUACGCAGACGGCAGCUGCUACGAGGGUGGGUGGGCUGCUGGGGCUAAAAGAGGUGCCGGUCACUUUACCUCUGCGGUUGGAGAGGUGCAGGCGAUGGACACAGCAUCAAAACAAGACGCAGAAGCGGCCGAAGAGGCAUUGACAGUGCUAACCAUGGAGGAAUCACCACUUUCCGUGGUACCCUCCGUGUCACCUCAUGGCUUAGGCAGCCUCCUCGAGACCGAGGACGAUCUGCAGGUCACGAUGCCCCUCCUCCUACUACUCUACAACACACAGUUGAAAACCCUCUUCAAAGACUACGGCCGUCGAAGUGCCCAUGUGGCCUUGCCUACAACGCGCAGCGACUGGUGGCAGCGCCGGUUGCCGGGUCGUAUGACGCUCACGCAGUGCCUGUGCCUCCUCCACGACGCACACAUACUCGGCUCACGCUUCUCGAUCGGUUCCGCGUUGCGCGCAGUAGCCGAGGUUCUGCGCGUGGAGGCUGCGACGUGGAGAGGUGCAAGGGCGACGACCACCCUGGAGGCAGCCCUCUCCGCAGUGAACGAAGCGGAUGGCACUCUCAACUACCGUCAAUUCUGCGAGUGGCUGAUCCGCGUUGCGGUGGGUGUGAACGGCGGCCCAACACUCACAACAGUGAAAGCAAAGGUGAGCGCUUUACUGGAUGGUCCGCUCAGUCGCGUCCACGGGGUAUCGUCGCGCGCGGUGGCUGUCACCUUUCUGCCCAAUUCUCUGCAGCACAGGGAGGAUGUGCAGCGCCACCUCAGUUCGCUGAAGCGCUGCUACGCUGAGCUCCAAAGCGUGAAGGAUGGGGAUCGAUACGGUGUGUCACUGAGGUCCUGCCUGACAGCCAUGGAACGAACGCUUGCGACGUACCAGAUGAGUCCUGCAUGUGUCCUCGAGAAGCUGGCGUGGCUGAAGGAGGAGCCGGAGUUGAGACAUAGUACGGCUUCGAACGCAAAGACAGGCGCUGAAGAACCCUCCUUGGCACAGGAGAUGGUGGCUUCUGCCACGGCGAAGAACAGGCAAGUGCAACUACUGGACGAAGAUGCCGGGACGGAGCAGUCGUUUGUCGAGUUUGUGGAAACCGUAAUGACUAUUGUCGAGGUUGCGCGUCAUAGCGGCUUCACCAACGCGGAUACGUUGCUGGUCGACCUUCAGCGCCGUUUGUUUGCCCAGUAG